AUGGGGGUUCUCUUGGUCUGCCUGGCAGCAGUGGCCCACAGAGCCCAAGCUGGUUAUGAAAUGAUGAUGGGAGGAAUGGGGGGCGGCAUGGGUGGAGGAAUGGGUGGUGGAAUGGGUGGUGGAAUGGGCCAUGCUUAUAGCCAUCAACAAAUCCAUCAAACUGCACACAGUAUGGGAGGAGGACAUUAUGAACAUUACCCUCAUCACUUCCCUGAAUACAAAUACGAUUAUGCCGUAAACGACUAUCACACCGGAGACAACAAAAAAGCUUGGGAGACUCGCCACGGAGACAUGGUUAAAGGAGGAUACAUGCUCCACGACGCCGAUGGCACGAUGCGCAUCGUAGAAUACCAAGCUGACAAAUUAAACGGUUUCAACGCUGUCGUCAAGAAGGUCGGUCAUGCCCAGCACCCCAUGAUCUACGGCAAAUACAUGGGCGGCGGCAUGGGGGGCGGUAUGGGAGGAGGCAUGGGUGGCGGUAUGAUGGGCAAAAUGGGUGGAUAUUAA